AUUUCUUUGAGCAUGAAAACAGAAUAUUUUAAUUGUAUCUUAGUAUUUCUAUGAUGAGACUUUAAAACAUCUUAUACUAAUGAUUACUUCUUAAUUGAGAAGAAAUCAGACUUACUCACAGAAAGAACUUUACUUGUAUCAGUUAUCUGAAAAGGUGGUAAGCAGAAGUUUAAAUUAAUAAUUAACCAGCUGAAAAAUAAUGAACCGUUUAGUUAAAGGACACAUUCUGACAAAAGCACCCUAACUUCCCACAUGUUCAAAAUGCUUAAAAGUAGAGGUGUUGAUAAUCCUGUAUUGGAAUAGUAAAGUAGUAUGAAAUCUCAGAUACAUCCAUCUGUUACCACUGACAGUGUUUUGAUACAACACGUUAAAUAGGAUUUGGUUUCUUAGUAACUUUGAGCUGUUAUUUAGGCUUUAAUUUGAUCCCUCUAGAAAAUUAGAGAAUAUUUGAGGUGUACCUUCUGAGAGAACAUGAACAAGGUUCCUAGUUUGAGUUAUUUGAUACGUAUUUUUAACUUUGGGUGUACAGGAUUUCCAAGUUGAAAAUUCUCUCCAAGUUGGAAAAUUUUCUGCCCAUUCAUGAGCACAAUGAUCAGAAGAUUGAACCAAUAUUCUUUCAAUACAGAGAAAAGAGUGGAAGCUAGAACCACGGCUGAAUGGAGCUUAAAGGGCUACAGAUGAAAGAAAGAACGUGAACGUUUCUGAAGGUGUGGGACGUGUCUGGCUGUGACCUCCUUACUCAGUAAUAAAGAAGAGGUUUCUACAGGAGCUUAGGAUAUCUUUACUCCAGCUUCUUAAUAUACUAACUGGAAUGGUGCUCUGACAACAGUUGUCCAUAGUAAGGCACUCACCCUACUACAGAAAAGUAUUUCUUUCUCUACUGAUAAUGUAACUCAAUGGCGGAAAAUAAUGUUUUGCUAAGCAUGCGUGAAGAUCGUUCCUUUCACGUGCGAUACAGGAUGGAGGCUUCAUGCCUGGAGCUGGCUCUGGAAGGCGAGCGCCUGUGCAAGGCAGGAGAUUGCCGUGCUGGAGUGUCUUUCUUUGAAGCAGCUGUUCAGGUCGGAACUGAGGAUUUACGAACCCUGAGUGCUAUUUACAGCCAGCUGGGCAAUGCCUAUUUCUACCUGCAUGAAUAUGCAAAGGCCUUGGAAUACCAUCACCACGAUCUGACUCUUGCAAGGACAAUUGGAGAUCUACUGGGUGAAGCUAAAGCUAGUGGGAAUCUGGGCAACACCUUAAAGGUACUUGGGAAUUUUGAAGAAGCUAUUGUUUGCUGUCAGAGACAUCUGGAUAUUUCCAGAGAACUUAAUGAUAAGGUUGGAGAAGCAAGAGCACUGUAUAAUCUGGGAAAUGUAUAUCACUCUAAAGGGAAAAAUGUAGCUAAUGCUGGGACUCAUGAUCCAGGGGAACUUCCAGAUGAUGUGAAAAAUGCUUUGCAAAAAGCUGCAAAGUAUUAUGAGGAAAACCUGUCAAUAGUAACUGAGCUGGGUGACAGAGCAGCACAAGGGCGUGCCUUUGGAAAUCUGGGAAACACACACUAUCUUCUGGGCAACUUCAGGAGUGCAGUUUUAGCCCAUGAACAGCGUCUCCUAAUUGCAAAAGAAUUUGGUGAUAGAUCAGCAGAAAGAAGAGCAUACAGCAAUCUUGGCAAUGCCUACAUAUUCCUGGGGGAAUUUGAAACUGCUGCUGAAUACUACAGGAGGACACUGCAGCUGGCUCGGCAGCUGAAGGACAGAGCUGUGGAAGCACAAGCCUGCUACAGCCUGGGGAACACCUACACUCUGCUCCAGGACUAUGAGAAAGCAAUUGAUUAUCAUCUGAAACACCUUGUGAUUGCUCAGGAACUACAUGACAAAAUUGGGGAAGGAAGAGCAUGCUGGAGUUUAGGGAAUGCUUAUACUGCUCUGGGAAAUCAUGACCAAGCCAUCCAUUUUGCGGAAAGGCACCUGGAGAUUUCAAGAGAGGUAGGAGACAGAAGCGGAGAACUCACUGCCAGACUUAAUCUCUCAGAUCUUCAAAUGGUUCUUGGAUUAAGCUACAGCACAAACAACUCCAUGAUGGCAGAAAGCCACACGGUGGAAAACACUUUGAAUGGUGGCAGACCAAGAGGACGCCGUUACAGUAUGGAAAACAUGGAACUUAUGAAAUUAACACCAGAAAAGGUUCCAAACUGGAACAGUGAGAUUCUUGCUAAACAGAAACCACUGGUUGCAAAAACCUCAGCAAAACUUCAUUUUGUAAAUCGGCUAAAAGGCAAAAAGUACAAAAAUGGCACCACCUCCAAAGUUUUGCAGGACGCCAGUAAUUCCAUUGAUCAUCGACUUCCAAACUCUCAGAGGAAAAGCGGUCGUGAGACAAUGGCAGACGAAGGGUUCUUUGAUCUGCUGAGUCGGUUCCAGAGUAACAGGAUGGAUGAUCAGAGGUGCUGUUUCCAGGAGAAAAACAGACUCUCAGCUGCUUCAGUGGCAACAUCCUCUACUCCACCUAAAACGAUGAUAAAAUCCUUUUCCACGUCCGUGGUGUCCCCGCACACGGAUGAGUUCCUGGACCUGCUGGCGAGCUCGCAGAGCCGCCGGCUCGAUGACCAGCGCGCCAGCUUCAGCGAGCUGCCCGGCCUGCGCCUCCGGCAGCGCGGCAGCCAGCCUGGGCUGGGCCACCUCGUGGCCAGCAGCAACCGGGACCUGGAUGACGACUUCUUCGAGAUACUGAUCAAAUGCCAGGGCUCCAGACUGGAUGAUCAAAGAUGUGCUCCUCCAGGAGCUGCCAAAGGCCCCACUGUACCAGAUGAGGAUUUCUUCAGCCUGAUUUUGCGCUCACAAGCCAAGAGAAUGGAUGAACAGAGAGUCCACCUGCCCUCAGCUAUAAAGGGACCCAACUCCAGCUGAAGACUCCAGAGGCAUGUACUGUACAGCAGCAUCCUAGGGAUCAUUCUGGUUUGCUGGAAAAGCACACUUGCCUUUUUUAACAUGACUACAAUUAGCAGCUUUCUCUCUUUUCUCCUGAUUUUUUCACAGAAAUAGCAGCAGCAUCACACAGGUGAGCAGUAGUUACAGAAUUGCCCUGCUCUUGAUCUCAGAGCAGUGUCUGAGGUACUGUGUCUCCUUAAUUGCCUCUUUUGAUAGACUGUCAGAAUUGCUAUGAUUUCUUUUUUCUCUGUCAGUUCUCUCAUUGCUCACGAGUGGAUUCUACCACUGUCGCAGUCUAGUGUAAGACUUAAAGGUUUAUGUUCUUUUUAAAGAAAAGUUGAUUUUUCCCCCUGAUUUGUACCUCUUGACAAAAAGUUCUGCUUUCUUUUAUACUUUUUUUAAAAAAUAAUUUAAAAAAAGGAGAAAUAGCUUCAGUCUUUAGUCUCUUUACAGAAACAGAGUUUGGAAGAAACAAUCAUUUCUAUAAAAAAAAUUA